CUAAACGAGAAGGAAGGAAGUAAAUAAGCGUAUGAUUUCAAAUGUAUUUGCAUAUUCAAACUUUGAUAAAAAUGUGAGGGAAUGUAGUUAUUGUGAAAAUGACAUUUAUUGUCUUUUCAAUCAUUGGUGUAUUGUGCUAUCUAUUUGAGGUUUUGUCUAGUAUCUUACCUGGGACGGUCAACGGGUGUAAGGAAACAAAUGGAACUCGGUUUUGCUGUACUGGAUUUUAUGAACUGAAUCAAAAAUGUCUUGAGUGCAUAGGAUCAUUCGGACAUAACUGUUCAAACCCAUGUCCUCCUGGUUGGUUUGGUCCUAGAUGUAGAAAUAGAUGCGCAUGCCCAGAUGAUAAGUGUGAUGAUGUAAAGGGUUGUCCAAAGGAUAGUCUUUCUUUGAGCCCUACAGGCAGUCCACGCACAGUGAGCCCUACAGGCAGUCCAAGCACAGAAGGCACUGUCCUGACCAGUCAUGCCAAAAUUUCAACAGAUGUUUAUGUUGAAAAAGUGAUCACUAUGGAUGAAUUUUGGGGAAGCUUGAAGUCGAUGGGAAUACAGUAUUGGAUUAUUGUCUCCAGUAUUGUUUUUCUUUUUAUCCUCAGUGCUUUUAGCAUGGUAGUCAUCACAUGCUACAGAGAAACAAAGCCAAUCCACCAGAAUUACCGUUUACUUGAAGAGGAUAGUAACAAUGUGAACGCUGGUCACGAGGAAGAGAUCGGGGAAAGUGUACAUUUUGAGGUUAAUGAAGAGAACAGAGGAAGUGUGUAUGCUGAUCACAAUGGACACACAGAUAAGCUUCACGACAUUAUGUUUUCUGCAAAGUCAAAAUCUGAUGAAAAAAUUGGUCAUGAGAACCUGUAUAUGCACUUACCCAUUCAACAAAGAAAUUUGAGAGAAGCAACGUAAUUCGAAAUCUCAACUGAUUUAUUUAAGGAAUGUUUAGCGAAAAUUUGGCUACAUUCAUCGACUGAAAGCCCAAUGAGCAGCGUGAAUUGUUGCAAGUACUUAGAACUCUGAAUAUGAUGUAAAGGUCAAG